UGGUAUAACCUAAAACUUUAAUUUAAUAUUCCAACAACCAAUAUCUUAAAAUGGAGUGGCAAAAGGUAUUAGAAACUUUUACACAUCAAUUAAAACCUGCUAUAAAGGAUAAAAUAAAACGCGAAGAUGAGCUUAUGUCUUAUUUGUGGAAUGAUCAAUAUAUAAAAAAACUUGUGUGUUUAUGGUUGGACAAUCACUAUGACAGGAGAGAAUGUAAAUCUACUGCUAAAGCACAAGCUUUUAAAAAAAUGGGUAACAAAGAAUUUCAGGCAAAGAAUUACAAUAAAAGCAUAGAAUCAUACACAAAAUGUGCAUUAUAUGCAUCAAUAAAUAGCUGUGAAUUGCCAGUUGCAAUGGCAAAUAGAUCUGCUUCGUUAUUUUAUUUAGGUAGAUAUGAUGAUUGUAUAAAAAAUAUUCAACUAGCAAUUAAAUUAAAUUAUCCUAAACAAUUACAAUAUAAAUUAUAUUUAAGAUUACUGCAAUGUUAUUUGAAGUUAGGCAAACAACAGUUAGCUGAAGAAACACUUACCAUGGUACAAAAAAUGAUUCAUGAUUCUGAUUAUAUUGCACCUUCUAUGAAAGAUAAUAUUGAAAAAAAAAUAAAUAAUAUAGCAUUUACUGACUCAUUUGAGAAAAAUACCGUACAGAACACUAUACAGAAUACUGAUGAUUUAUCAAGAUUAAAAUCUAAAAUUAUAAUUGAAGAAAAUGUUAAUUUCCCUAAUGCAUCUAUAAAUAUAGAUAGAAUAUACAAUGAAAAAUUAGGGAGACAUGUAGUAGCAAAUAAAUCUAUUAAAAAAGGUGAUAUUCUAUUUAUGGAAAAACCUGUAGGUUUUGUGUUACUAAGUCAUGACACACAUAGUCUUUGUCCACAUUGUAUUUGCUCAAACACAGAUAUUCCUGUUCCAUGUACAACAUGUGUAAAUAAUUUUUAUUGUAAUGACUAUUGUUUAACCGAAGCAUGGUCUUCGUAUCAUUGUUGGGAAUGUCCAGGAAGUCAAAUGGAACUUUGGAAAGAAAUUGGAAUAGGACAUUUAGCCUUAAAAGUUUUAUUAACUUGUACAACUACCACAGACAAAGUUAAAUUCAAUGAAAUGCAAAAUUUAAUUACUAAUUUUGAUAAACUAUCUAUGGACGAUUUAAGAAUAUAUGGAAUUACAGCUAUUAUGCUCACUAUAUAUUUAUCGAAAUAUACAGACUUUUUCGAAACAAAUAAUCUUGAAGAUUGUUUAAUGAGCAAAUUUUCGGAUAAUUCAUUCAACAUGAAUUUUAAUAUUUUAACAAACAAUGACAAACAACUUUAUGUAAGUUCUUUACUUUUACGAUAUAUUCUUCAACUUAUUGGUAAUGGACAUGCGAUUACAAAAUCAAAUACACUAUUAAGUAAUGACUCUUCCAUGAACGAACAAGAUAUUGUAGCUACAGGAAUUUAUUCUUCUGCAAGUAUGAUGAACCAUUCGUGCGAUCCCAAUAUAAUUAACAUAUUUAUGAAUCAAUAUCUCAUUGUUAGAGCUUCAAAAGAUAUUGCCAAAGAUGAGGAAAUUUUCAACUGCUAUGGACCACAUUAUAGAUAUAUGACAACAGAAGAUAGACAAAAGAUUUUAAAAAGUCAAUAUUGUUUUACUUGUAAGUGUACAGCAUGUACUCUACCUAGGUUACAAUAUUUUAUGGAAAGAUUUAAUGCUAUGAAAUGUGUGAAAUGUAAUGGCCCAGUACGUAAUACAAUAGAUUCUAUACAUUGUUUGGAUUGCGGUGACAAAACGCAAAAGUAUUCUCGAAAUGAAAUAAUAGAAGCUAAAGAAUUCUUCGAAACAGCUCAAAUUUCUAUUAAUUUAGGAAAAACAGAUGAGGCCUUAAAUAAAUUAAAAAAAUGUUUAUGUAUUAGGAGAACAAUAUUGUAUAAAUAUAAUGAAGAUAUUACAAAUACAUUAAAUCUUAUGGGAGAAGUGUAUAAAAUAAUGGGACGAUGGAUAGAUAGUAUAACAUGUUUGGAAAAUGCACUUGCAGCAGUCAGAGAAAGAUUUGGUUCCUAUAGUAUAGAAUUUCUUAAUCAAUUGAAUGAUCUUACAGAUGUGUGUCUUAUAUAUCUGGAAAAGGAAUUAAACAUUAAUAUAAACAUUUACAAAAAAAUAUUGAAGAAAACUCAAAACUAUUUAAAUCAACUAGAAAAAAUUGCAAGUUUUAAUUAUGGAUCUUGGAAUAAAGUUUACGAAGAUAUAAGACAAAAACAAAAGAAGAUUGACUGUUAUAGUACAUAAAACUUAAAUGAACAAAUAAACAUAUUUUAUUAAGAUA